GCUGGAGUCUAAAAACAACGUUCUCCCGCCCUCACUACGCCAGGCAAAGCGCCAAAAACCAUCAGGCAGUCAUACGCCUACCAUCAGCUGAGGAGUCUCAUUUCUAAUUAUACACCAAACAACAGAGAGCGAAGGAGAGAGGGAGAGCGUGUGGAAUAUGGAGAGUGUGAUUACAAAUGGAAGAGAGGCUGAGAGUGCUACUCAGCAGCAAACACAGGGUGGACAAGUAAGAGAUUCAGAGAGAGAGAGAGGUGGAAAGUAAGGGAGGGAGAGACGUCAAAUCUGUCUGAGAAAGGUUAACAGGACUGACUGACUGACUGAGCAGAGUGGGAGUGUAAAUGUAAAAAGCGAGUAGGAGGGUAAAGAGAGAGGAAGAGAGAGAAGGCGAAGAGAAAGGGAGGAGAGUGUGUCUGUCUGACAGUCUGUGGAGCUCGUCUGGAUGCUUCUGAUCGCUCUGUUAUCACCUGCAGCCUGGGAGGAGGACACCAGCCAGACAGGUGUGUGUGUGUGUGUGUGUGUAAGGGAGGAGAAUCUGUGGACAUGAAUUUCUGAAGAUGGGUCGCACAGAGGAACAGAUGCACAGAUGGAAGAACGUGUAAAAUCGUGACGACCUUGGACCUGACUAUCCACAGCGCUUGCCAAAAGACUGGAGUCUGUGUCACGUGACCACAACACCUCCUCAGCUUCAGCAGGAGGGCAUGCAGUGCCGGCGUGAGUGACAGGCAGCGCGGGCCAAUGAGCUUCACAACCAACCCAGCUCUGGUCCCGGACAGGGACAGACUCCCGCUCAAAAAGAGGGACCAGAGGCCGAGCCCGCCUCCCCAGCAGCAGCAGCAGCAGUGUGAUGCGGCAACAUUCAAAGCCCCCUACCCUUACAAGGGCCACAGAGACUUUAAGACCAAGCACACAGGCCCCUUCCAGCCCGUCCCGAGGAGGGUUCCUGCUCUAUACCAGCCCUGGACGCACCCCCACCCCCCCCACCAGGUCCAAACCUCAUAACCUCUCUGCAUUCAGGGAUCAUCACAGCUUGGCAGAGUGGAGAGAUGUGAACCCCCUGCAUCCUGGGUGGGCCUUUUCUCCCCACUUUCAGCACCACCUGUCUGGCACACCUGCUCUCCACCUGGGCCAUCCACCCCCACCCCCCAGAUUCAGCCCAGCGUCCCUGUCCAAUGAGGGUUUUCAGAGGGUGUGUGGAGGGUACGGCUGGGAGCAGUUAAAGACAUUAAGGGACAAGAGUUUGAUCGCAGAGAGGCACAGCAACGGGAGGAGUAAAGGGCCGUAUGUGAGGAGAAAAGACAGGAGAGUGGAGCUUUUUCCCAGGGGUGGAAAAGCAACACUUGAGGACCGGACGCACCAACACGAUGUGUCGCACAAAUUAUCAAAGGCUGUCAAACAUCCCUUCUCUGGACAAUCGUUUGUACGAGUAUCACCUGAUAACUCAAACUACAUCUCCAUGAAGGAGGAGCAGUCACGAUCUACUUCCCUCCCCUCCUCUAAGCAGGCCUCUCCUAAUCAUUUCCCCUGGCUGCUCCCUCACUUUGUGGCCGGCUCUCUCAUCGAGCUGAGAGACGGGCGGCUGAGGAGGGUGGAGCACCUGCAGACGGAGGACUUCCUGCUGGGAGCGCUGGCCUGCCCGGACUUACGCCUGAGCAGCUGCACUGUGCAGAGCAUCUCCCCCUCAGCCUCCUCCUCCUCCUCCAUCUCCAUCUCCCGCUUACUCAUCCUGCUUCACGACCAGCAGUCCCAGGAGCUGGUGGAUGUCUACGUGGAGUACCCGUUCUUUGUGCGAGGGAGGGGCUGGUCCUCCUGCAACCCCCUGAGGACGGCUCGUCUCUGUGGCCUGCACUGCCGUCAGCUCAGUGUGGGGGACAUCUGCCUGGCUCUCACCCCCAUCUCAACCCCCCAGCCUCCCCCGUCAGACACCCUGGAGCCAAAGACCUCACCCAGGAAGUCAGAGGGAGGGUGUGAGUCCCUGAAGGCAUCACAACAAGGACUGGGGUUAGCAGAGGGAACUAAGAAGAAGGGAGAGACGGUCCGCAGGAGACACUGUUCGGCCCCUGAGCUGAGGGGCCCGGGGACUAACUGCAUGAAGUGAGGAGGGGUUGCUGUUUUAAAGACAGGAAGCAUGUCAGUCUCUCUAAACUCUGCUUUAAUCAGCCUAUAUUUACCUUCUUUCUACCUCCUGAAUCAUAUCUGUGCUUGACUGUCGUAUUUUUUAAUUGUAUCUAGGGGUAAAAGGAAGGAAAAGAUGAACUCUCAGGAUUUCUGAAUGUUCUGUUAAGGUAGUCAGGGAUUAAACACUGGAUAUUUAAGUUGAGUCAACUCAAUUGUACAUCUAAGUUGCCACCGGAAGAUGCUCCCAUGAGAGUGAAUUGAGCUUCAUCUUGUAGGCUCAAAUUAUAUUUUUGGGUUUUAUUAUUGAAAGCAGUUCUGACAAAAUCAGCCCACGUUGCUUUUUAAGGAAAAUACUCCCUCAGGUGCUUCACCGCUGAUCAUAUCAUUUAAAGUUACAUCUAUUCUUAUGUAAGACUCCUCUAUCAUUAAUAAUGAGGUUUGAUUUGAGACAUAGGCCCUACUGCUAGAAUGACAGAAUAGUUUCUGAUAAGACCUUGGUUUGAGAUUGCAUCUGUAGGAUUAAGUUUUACGCUUCUACCUCUUUUUUCUAUUUAAGAUAUAUAUUUAAGGUCUUUUUAACGGUGUGGGCUGUGUUGUAAUGUGCUGCGUUGGAAGCGCUCAGCUUCUCAGUGAAUGUCAGUGUGAAUGCAUUUGUUGCCUGGUUGUUGUUGCACUCUAUUAUAUCUGCUUUGCUUUUGUACUGAAGCUUCAUUUUGAAUGGCCUGUUCAUAAUUGAGGAGAUGCUUGUGCCAUUCAAAGUACUUCAAAAGCACAAUCGGUGAGUGGAGAACGGUACGCUGACGUGUCGGGACCAUUGUAGGUAGUACAGAGCCAGGAAGGGGGGGUCAUAUUUUCAGAUAAUAAUAUUAUAUAUCACAUUUUUCAAAAUUAUAACUUUAUUGAAUCUCUGACAGUUAAAUGUUAAAUGAAGAAGGAAUCACAAAUUCAAAAAGAAAACCAUAAUAUUUAUUGAGAUUAAAGUCACACAUUUCCUCUAAAAAAAUGCAAUUCUAUACAUUUGCAAUCAGCUUCGGAAAUAUAAAAUGCAUAGUCUGUUGUCAAGUUAUUUUUCCUUACAGAACUCAAUUCUGACUUCAGAGAUUAUUAAAAGUUUUUGUCCCAUA